AUGAAAGCACAAAAUGUUGUGAAAAAGAAUGAGGGUAGCAGCCUUGUCAACGCCAUCAUCUCGGAGAGUCCGGUGUCCUCAAGCAGCUCCACGUGCAGGCAUCGCAUAGAGACUACACUCAUCGCUGUCCCGGGCUGUGUGCCGAAGUCUCUGCUCAUCACCCGCUGCCAGGGCAGCUGCCAUUCACGCUCUGUGCCCGAGUUUGACACCGAUCGGCAGGAGGUCCGACAUGUGGAGCAUUGCUCCUGCUGUAAGCCAAUGGUUAUGAAAUUCAGGGCGGUACGCUUCACCUGCCCUAGACGUCGACAACGGUUUUUUGUUAAGAGAUUUGGCUUCCCCUUCCGAUGUGCCUGCAGGCCGUGCGCUAACGUUCCCGAAGUGACCGCUGAGCAGCCGUAUGAUUAUUGA